GGUACUGCCUUUUUUGUCAACACAAAUCCAUUCUCUGUGGGUUUUGGAGCCCUUCGGUCUCUGCUUCCGUGGAGGAGGAUUUCACUUCCCUCUUCAGCUUUGUGGCUUUCCCACAGGCCAGUCUCAGUUUACAGAGAAGUUAUUGAGGUCUGCUUGUCCUUUCUUUCUAGGGAUUACCUCUGUCUGUAACCCUAGAGGUGCCACGUGACAUGGAAAUUCCCUUGCCCUAAGCAAAUGCAUAGGGCUUUCACUUGAAUUUGGUAGAAAUUCUUUGGAAAAGAGCUAAAAUGGGGAGGGGGUGGAGAGGAUAAAUUGCAGCACCUCCCUGCCUGAGCUAACAUUGCAGCUCUUCAGAAGAGGCAGAGCAGCACUGUACUGAGGAAGAGCCCUCGCACAGCCACCAUGCUCAGCACAAGACCAGUCCUGCUUCUCGUGCUGCUCCUCACCUUCUCCCAGCACUGCACCACAGUUCUGCACACACCUUCAGAAUGCUGCUUUGAUUACUUAAAGUCACCUCUCCGGUCUGAUGUGCUGAAGGAUUUCUACACGACUCCCAAAGAGUGUUUUUACCCAGGAAUUGUGUUUGAGACCAGGAACGGGACCAAGAUCUGUGCAAACCCAAAGAUACGUUGGGUGGAGAAAGCAGUUGAGAAACUUCUCAAAAGGAAGAAGUCUCAUGCCUCCUGAUGCAGAGCAGACACCCCAGUUCAGGCUACCCAACUUUCUGAUGGGAGUAUUUCUACACAGCAUCCUGCAGAGGUCCUUGAUGCUGAUGGAUGGCACGGCCUCCCCAGAGCCUUGUGCUGCACUGACCAGCCAGGCACCAGAUCCUGGGAUGCUGCAGCCCUGCCAGCUUCCACCCAUGGAGCAAAUAAAUACACCUUAAAUAAAGGUUUAGUUCACACACUA